AUGUACACUUUCUCUGUUACAUCGUCUUAUAGAAAAGAGGAAGAAAGAACUUCUUCCCCUUCUUCAUCAUAUACAUCGUCUCCAUAUAUUUAUACAACUACUUCAAAAACUUAUAAAACUUCAAACACUUCUACUUCAACAACUUCUUCUCCACAUACCUCAACUUCUACUUUUUCUUCUCCUUCAUAUAAUUUCACAACUUCAACUUCUUCUUCUUCUUCAACUUCUCCCUCUUCAUAUAAUUUCACAACUUCAACUUCUUCUUCUUCAACUUCUCCUCCUUCAUAUAAUUUCACAACUUCAACUACUUCUUCUCCAACUUCUCCUCCUUCAUAUAAUUUCACAACUUCAAAUAUUUCUUCUCCUUCAUAUACUUACACGAAUUCUUCUCCAUACUCUUACUUAUCUACCUCUACCUAUUCAACUACUUCAACAAAUUCUCCUUCAACAGCUCUUUCUUUUGAUCUCUCUUCUGAUAAUGAUGAUUCUCCUUAUCACUUUACUGUAACUUCCGAUUAUCUCAAAAAAUUAUCUCUCAAAGAUGAUGACGAUGAUACGAAUCCCUCGUCCAAAUCGACUUCUAAUACUUCAUAUAAUUUUGAUAAUGGGACAUGCUCUUCUUCGCAAAAGAAAAAAAAGGAAAAGGAAUGUAUUAUUUGUGUAGAAUCUCGCAGUGUAAGACAUUUCCCAAAGAUCACAAAAUAUUGUUCACAUCCCAAUGAUAUUUGUAAGCUUUGUGUUUCUAAACAUAUCGAAACCCAGUUAAAUUCAAAGGGUGACAUUGAGGGAAUUCUUUGUCCUUUUGGUGAUAGCUGUGGUUUUUUGAUUGAAUACAAUGAUGUUCAAAGUAUUGUAAAUUCUAGUCUGUUUGAACAGUAUGAUAGCUUGUCAUUGAAACAAGCGUUAAGAAGUAUGCCAGAUUUCAGGUGGUGUAAGAAUGCUGGUUGUGGAUCUGGUCAAAUUCACUCCGGGGGUGAUAAAGAACCUAUAAUGACAUGUGAAGCAUGUGGGGAAAAAUCUUGUUACACGCACGACAUUCCAUGGCAUGAUAAUCUCUCUUGUGAGGAAUACAAUGAAGCAAAACAAGGUGAAGACAUGGCUACUCAAGAUUUACUUAAUCGCGAAACCAAACAAUGUCCCAAGUGUGGAGUUAGAAUCACCAAAAAUGGUGGUUGUAAUCAUAUGACUUGUAAAGUCCAAAAUUGUAGAUACGAGUUUUGUUGGUUGUGCUUGGCUGAUUAUGAUCAAAUUAGAAGGAACGGAAAUCAUCUUCAUAAACGUACUUGUCAAUUAUAUGCUUAG